AUGACUUUCCAAGAGGCCAGCUACAUGCAUGCUACCAACACUGGGGAGAGCUCACGAUCACAACUCUCAUCCCGCAACCCAUACCUUGACUAUGGGGACACAUACGACUCUGGCAGCGCGAUCAAGAGCCAUGAUGACAUCCCCUGGGUUCCGGAUCCGCGAUACUACGCACCUGCAGCACACGCGGCAUAUCACAGCACCGGCGAGACAAGUUAUCCAGACUCAAGCUCAUUCUCAUCAGGCCAUCCGGGCAGUCCAGAGCCGCCUCCUCUCCCAACGCGUCCCCGUGACGAGCCCGCUCAAUGGCCACACAGUUCGCCGCGCUCCUCCGAGCGAUACUCACCUGAUGAUUACGAGCAGCGCCCUGAUCUACCACCAAGGCCACCAACAGGACAAGACAGCCACCACUCCCGCUCCCCUGAACGCACUGACGAGCUCGUCCUGCUGCCGCCACGCCGCCGGCUGACGACGGGCGACAUCCCCGUCAACACAGUUGGAUACAGCCGCGACCCAGAGAUGGUGAUCGCCUACCUGAUCCCGCUGCCCCCUCCCUCCUCCAAGGGCCAGACCCUCGACGUGCCCCAGCGGUACAUGAUCUACACGCCGCCCGCACCGCACCUGCUCAAGCCGACCACCGCGAACACGGGCACCAUCAAGGUCAAGGAGGGCAAGCGCCACAAGGCCAAGCGGCUCAUCCAGCAGGAAGUCCGCAAGGCCAAGACCUACGACGGCAAGACGCUCUCCCUGCGCGGGCUGCACUACAAGGCGCUGCGGGGGUGCGACCGUGCCGUGGCGGCGAUCAAGACGCCCGACAUCACGUUCCUGAACCGCGUGCCGCGGAAGCACGUUACUGAGCUGGUCCUGAUCCACCCGGCCUCUGUGCUCGCCGACCACACCCCCGAUGAGGUGCACGCCGAGGUCGGGGCGCAGCUUGCGCGGACGCAGAGGCGGGCUGCGAGGGAUAGUAUCAUCAGCACGCUGCUGUUCCCGCCGUCGCUGGUUAUUGACACACUGGCGGCCGUGGUCUGGCCUUUUGGUGGCUUGGCUGAGAUUGAUGGCGUGUGGAUGUAUGCCAGUAUCUCUGGGUAUCUCACGGCGCGGAGUGUGACGCGGAGGAUGGAGAGGGAACCUGUUGUUGACGAAAGUGGUGCAGGGGUCCAAGACAGUGGCCAGAGCAGGUCCGACAGGGGGUUGAGUCCUGUGUCUGAAGAGGACAUCUAUACUGCAGGUAUCGAGACUUCGCGUCCCGGCGCCAACGGUGCAAGCCGUCGAGACACGCGGAGGGACAGCAGGCAGGUGCAUUUUGAGGAAAUGCUAGAUGAUGAAGAAGAGGACGACCUCAAACGAAAUGCUCGGGAUGGCGGGAACAAAGACGCAAAGAAGAGGACCCUCAAAGUCCGCAUGGUCCCUGAUGACGCGAUGGAUACGAUGGCGUCCUACUUCCAGGAGAUUUGCCACCAGAGGAACCCAAAGGCGUUUGGAAGCCCGGGAAUACCGCCCACCAAGACGGAUGUGUUGGCGAGUAUCGGCUGGUGGCCAGACCGUCGGGGAAGAGCCCCCGGUGUGGAGCAUGCUGGGGAUUGGGAGGAUGAGAACUGGCAGACACGACAAGUAAAGGAGGACAUGGACAAGGUCCUGACCAAGGCUGCCAAGUCCUGGGACAAAUGGUGCAAGUCCUACGCCAAGUAUCCCGAGCGGGCCAUGAAGGAGAAGGGCCAUAGCAGGACGUCUGAGGUGAUGAGAAAGCUUCGAGUGAAGAAGGACACGCGUGGUCCCCGUGUCAUCGUUUAA